AUGCCGAAAGUAUUCUCUCUUACGAACCUUCUGCAGGCAACGAUAUCAAACUAUUCAUACCUCCGAUUAGUCGCAAAUAGGGCCGACGAGGUCAAGCAAGGUGUCGACCCUCAGCUUCAACCCGAGUUGACACUUGAAUCUUGUAUCAUCCUCCCUAUUCUUGUACCAUCAACCCUCCUCACUCAGAAAGUCGCCCUCUUCGACCUCCUCCCGUCUCUGGGACUUCUUUGCGCUGCGGAUUCUCACUACGCACGCGCCUUCCGAUUCCGCCGUACUCUCCACCGACUUGACACGGCUACCCCAUCAGCCCUCGAAGAUUAUUCGAGUAUUGUUAUGGCAGAGCAGAGCAGCCGCGAUGUGGUAGAUCAGACCCUGUCGGGCGGCGAGCCCUCGCCUUCCGACGUUCCUGCGAACACCAACGACAAUCUAUCUGCUGGAGGGGACGCAGGGAAGACCGAACAUAUCGCAAUGAACACCGCUACAUCAGACAAUUCACGCUUGCGUGACCAGCAGAACCACGAGACGACCGACAUACUUGAUCCGCGAGGGGAACGGACUGGAAGUGACAAAGAUGCUGUGGGCUCUGCGACGGAUAAUAGCAAACAGGGCGCCGGAGUUGUUGCGACAAGGGUCCUUGAACUAAACGGAAUUGCAUCUGCAUCGGAUGGCGGCGAUGAUACAGCGUCACAAGGUGGUUCAGAAUCUGAUGCGAGUCGGACGGAUAGCAGAAACCAUGCGCGAAGUGGCUCGGUCAAAAAGCCAGGAUCCUUUAAGCCUGUUUCCUUCGCCAAGUUCUCGGUACCCAAGGUUGCGGGAGCUCCAACACCUCCUAAGGUACCUGAGAAAGUGCCCUCAGCUUCAACUACACCACUCGGUACCCCGCAGCCAAGCUCUCGACCACGACUUGUCGCAAAGACUACCGGCGGGAUGCGUGAUUCGUUUUCAAAGACUGGAGCAGGCGGAGCCAAUACUGGUGGAUCGGGGCCUGAUCCCAACCAGGUCUGGAACAAAAAUCGGCCUGUCCAGCCUCCUCCACCGAAGCAUUUGACCGACGAAGAGUUGAAGCAGCAAUACGGUAUUCAUAUGACUUCGCGUAUCCAAGAAGAUGGCGCCGUAAGCUCUGAAGCGAAAUGGGCGGAUAUCGAUGACGACGAAGAUGAUUGGGCCCCCGAGACGAUCGAGUGGACAGAUGGAACGAAGGUCACUCUUACUCACACUGACCAUCCACCAGCUCCCAAUCAGCCAGAGUCCAAGGAGUUGCCAUCCGCAGAACAACCGCCUGCCACGAAAGAGCCUCCUAAGUUUGCACCGAAGCCAACCACCUCAAUCGGGCCAAACCCCACCAUUCUCAAAUUGGGGGCAAAUGCUGAACGUCAGGCAAGAACUGCAAGUGCUUCGUCUAAGGGGACAAAUGACAAAGCCCCAUCGAGCUCCACAAGCCCAGCACCACCCUCCAAGUCGCCAUGGGCCACCUUACCACCCGUCGAAAGAGUUUCUCCAGUCAGUGCUCCGAUGCAGGCUCCUCCCCACCAGCCGCGCAUGCCUAUUAGCCAUUCUCAGGGUCCGAGAGACGAGGGUUAUCACGGCCAAUUUCCACCAAAGGAGAUUGCAGCGGACGAUUUCAACCGCACAUGGAAAGAUACCCAGUCAGGUGCUCCUCGGGAGCUUUACAAUUCUCGAUCUGGCCGGUACGAGCCAGUGGCAGACACCCGGAGACCAUCUUGGCGUCCUGACCAGCAUCCUCGAGCUCCUGCUGUAUUGCAGAGAGCGAAUGAGCACCCAGGCGGGCCCGCCGAGCCAUCUGCUGCAUUCCAAACGCACAGAUCUAGCCACCAGGAUGGUCCGGGUUGGGGUCGUCGUCGAACAUCGUCAAAUGUGAGCGGCGGAAGCGGAGGGUAUGGUCGUAGGAUGUCUUUUGGCCGACCUGAUGCACCCCCGAGAUUUAACGAUGCUCGAAGAGGCUCGCAGGUGAAUGGAAUGGUUGAUCCAGCCUUAAUUGAUCGGGAGCAGCCCCACGGCAAAAAUGAGAUGCUCCCAUACGGGCCAAACGGGACAGCACGUUCAGUUGUUGAUGUAGGUGACUCUCCUGUGGAGGCACAGGUACCGGUUCCUCAAGCACCUCAGGAGGAUCCUGUUGCCAUGCAAGAGCGUAUCAUGAAGGAGAAGCGUCUAGAGGCGCGGCAGCGCAGAAUCGAGCAAGAGGAGAAGGAGGAUGCAGCUAAAAAGGAGAGGAUAAGACAGCGACUCGAAGCGAUGGGUCCUGCGCCAGAGAAGAAGAUCCCGGAAAAUCGCAACUCUUAUUCUCACUCUCACCACCAACCUCUUCCUCUUCACCAUCCUCCCCCACCAUCCCCCUCCCAACUUCCUCAUCACCUUGCCCCCACCAUAUCUUCUCCUCCGAAGCCCCCAGUCCCUGAGCCAUCCGGCGAACCCAAGCAGUAUGGUAUGAUGAAAGUGCAUCAUCCAGAUUCUGUCAAGAAACUUGUGGCUUCACAUGAUCGUGAUCGGACUUCUGAGAAACAUCAUCCACGACGCGUCCCGUCACCCAACCAACAGAAGCGUGACCCUCCCUCUGCACCUGGAGCUCAAGAUCAAACCGAGCCUCAGUCCCCGGUUCAGAACAAAACUGACACGAAGCCUGAAGAGCAGCACGGUCCCCAGUGGCGUGCCAAUCUGAACGUUUCUCACUCACCUUGGUCCACAAACCCUACCAUUGGGGUGAAUCCUCCUUCUGUCAACAAUCCAUGGAAACCUUUGGGAAGUGACCGCACUCUCACUCUCGGCAACGGUAUUUUCGAUCAACCCUUGGGCUUUGCAUCACGCGAAGUCCCUCUACGCAGUCAACUGGGGUUAGACCAAGCAACGAUGCCCGCCCCGAACUUUGCUGGCCCUCAAGAGCCAAACGCUCCCACUCUUCCAUCGCCUGAGACCAAACACCCCUCUCUUGACAAGAUGACUCCUAUUGGCCGCCCUCGCCCUAUCGGACCCCCGAGCUCACAGCAGCAGAACCACGCAGCAGCUUUGAAGGCUUGGAACAAUUUCCAUGAGGUUGCCGCUAAACAAGAGGCCGAGAAUGCCCGCAACUUUAUGGCUCAAUUUAAGGAAAAACGCGAGAAGGGAAUCACGAGGCCCAUCAUCCUCAACGAAACUUGGAAUCAGGUUCGAGUUAACGAGGACGGCUCGCGCAAGGUCAUUAAGACCACUGAGAGAACCCAUUCCAAUGUCAAGGAUACUGCUGCACCAUCAAACCCGCUGACAGAUCUUGAUACUCCUGCGGAUGGCCUUGUCACUACUGAGUCCAAUGCACGUGCCGCGCCUACUCGCAGCUCGCGCUUUUUCCCUCACGCUACCGAACAGCAGAAGCGCCAAGUUUCUGAGAAGGAGCGCAGCCCUUCCCCGCCUCCACCGGAGGAAGUGUCUAGUCACCCAGUUUACUUUGGAGACUCGGAACGACCCCUUGUCCACCUGCCCACCCCGAAGCCUCCCAAGCCUGUUGUAAAGUUGCCCCCUAAGGCUACAGCUACAGCUGCUGCUACCGUCGCCGCUCCAGCUACCGCUGCCGCAGCCCCGGCUCCUCCUUCGUUCGCUUCCAUGGCAGCAGCCCCACCACGAAAGGCUGCUCCCUCUGCUCCUUCCGCUUCGAAUGCUGUCUCGUGGCAAGCCAAAUUUGAUGAUCUCUUCGGCAAGAGCACGCCGCCUGACAGGAAGAGUGUCUUGGCUGUGACUUCUGCUUCCAAGGAGCCCCUCCCUGUUCACGUUUCCGGAGCCGCUGUCUCUUUGCCUCGGGUUGUUAUCGAUUUGCAGCCUGGAGAUGGCGAUCUCGCUGUCCGCCAGGUUGAAGAGCAAGAUGAAAUGUUUGAAGACCGCGAGCCAGGCUCCCUGCCUGCUGUUCGUGUGCCUCCUAUGGCACCCCCCAUGGCAUGGGCCCCAGUGAAGCCCCGUUAUAAGCACACAAAGCCGGCACAGGCUCAGAGUAUUCGGGCCUUCCAAGUCGGAGCCAAUGAUAUUGACCAGCAUGGGAAUACUCGCGUCACCGUUUGUGUUCCUGGUGGCACGCCUACUCAAGUCUCGCUUCCUAGGAAGGCUGGAACCCCUGCCCGUCACCGCAAUUCCGCCAACCACAACAAACCUCGCAAGACCAAUAACAAGUCCCGAGAUGCUGCUGGCGGUGGUGCCAAGAAAUCUGGCCCUGCUCAAGGUUCUUCUCAAGGCCCAUCUGGAUCACGGUACCGAGCUUGGAGUCCCGAGCCCAAAUAG